AUGUCUGGAGUCAAGUCUCGAUUGGCGAGCCUGCUCGCUCAUAUCUCACCUGAAGCUUCAAUCUCACCCUUUGAGCAUAACUUCAAUCGCCAUACUCUCUCCCCUACUUUCUUUCUUCCACGAGCGGCUGAGAUUGAACCUGAUGCAGAGGCAAUCUAUCAUGUUACAGCCGACAAGAAGAUCCUGCGAAGAACUUACAAAGAGACAGCUGCUCGGGCCCAGGGGUUGGCAUACUAUUUGAAACAUAGAGGGUACCGAAGGGUCGGGAUUCUUUGUCCAAAUACUCCGGCAUUCCUGGAGGCUAUCUUUGCAAUUGCAGCUGCCGGAGCAGUAAACAUUGCCGUGAAUUGUCGACUGAAGAAGGACGAUAUUGCCUAUAUCUUUGCGCAUGCAGAGGUGGACAUCAUCCUGGUGGACAAGGAAUUUGAGCCUCUACUGGAGACAUAUCGAGCUCAAACCCCCAAUGUACCCCUUAUUAUAGAUGAUGAUAAGUAUAGUGAGCCUUGGAAUCCCAUUGGAGCCGUUGGCGAUGCCAUCAAAGAAGGAUGGAACCAUGAUAAGGCGGCCGGGGGACAUGGGUGGGCAGGACUCGAAAGUCAGGCUGCCGAUGAAGACUCCGUUAUUGCUUUGGCAUACACCAGUGGGACUACAGCAAAACCCAAAGGCGUAGAAUUUACGCACAGAGGCUGCUACUUGGCUAGUUUGGCGAAUAUUGUUGAAUCGGGGUUGAAUCAUACCAAUGGACGGGCCAGGUAUCUCUGGACACUUCCAAUGUUCCAUGCAGCAGGAUGGACAUUCCCAUGGGCAGUCACUGCCACUCGUGGAACCCAUUACUGUUUGCGCAAGAUCGACUACCCCGAGAUAUGGAGACUGCUCAAAGAGGAGCAUAUCACUCAUUUCAAUGCAGCACCAACAGUCAACACGUUACUCUGCAAUGCUUCAGAAGCCGAGAGGCUGUCUCAGGCAGUCAGAGUCACAGUGGCUGCAAGUCCGCCGACAGCUCACCUAUUUGAGCAAAUGACCGAUUUGAAUCUCCAUCCAGUCCACGUCUACGGAAUGACUGAGACAUAUGGGCCUAUCACAAAGGGCUACUAUAUGCCUAUUUGGGAUGAGAUCCCAUUGAAGGAGAAAUACAAUAAGAUGGCGCGCCAGGGUCACGGUUUCAUUACUAGCCUUCCAGCGCGAGUGAUCAAGACCGAAGUGCCCGACGGAACUAUCAUCAACGUCCAAAAAGAUGGCAAGGAGAUUGGGGAGGUUGUGUUCAGUGGUAACAUCUGCUGCAAGGGCUACUACAAGGACCCUGAAGCAACCCAGAAGCUUUUUGCUGGAGGUGUACUGCACUCUGGUGAUUUGGCUAUAUGGCAUCCUGACGGUGCCAUUCAAGUUCUCGAUCGUGCUAAGGAUAUUAUAAUCAGUGGUGGUGAGAACAUUUCUUCUAUAGCUCUAGAAAACAUGAUGAGUGAACAUCCGGAUAUUCUCGAGGCUGCGGUAGUUGCCGUUACAGACAGCCACUGGGGUGAGCGACCCAAGGCCUUUAUAACGAUAAAACAAGGGAAGAAGCUGGAUGGAAAGACUGUGAUCGAAUGGGCACGUCAUACAAGUGGCAUUAGUAAAUUUAUGGUCCCUCGUGAAGUAGAGAUAGUGGCCGAGUUGCCCAAAACUUCAACGGGCAAGAUUCGAAAGAAUGUGCUGCGAGAGUGGGUAAAAGGCUAG